AUGCAUCGUACUUAUUCCAUGCGCCAAACGCGCAUGCCGACCGCCUCGCAGAUCGAGAAUCCUCCUCCACCACUUUCCUCGACCAAAACCGGCCGAUGGAUGGGAAAAGGUGGCUUCGGACAUGCUUUUCGCAAGAAUGCCGCCGGCGCCUUUGGACCUGAUCUAGCGCGGAAGCUCUCCCAGCUGGUCAAGAUGGAGAAAAACGUCAUGCGCACCAUGGAACUGGUAGCAAAGGAGCGCAUGGAAACUGCGCAACAACUCUCCAUCUGGGGUGAGAACUGCGACGAAGAUGUGUCGGACGUCACCGAUAAGAUCGGGGUCCUACUCUACGAGAUUGGAGAGCUGGAGGAUCUCUACGUCGAUCGCUACGACCAGUACCGGGUGACCAUCAAGAGCAUUCGUAACAUCGAAGCUUCCGUGCAACCCAGCCGGGACCGCAAGCAGAAGAUCACCGACGAGAUCGCGAAGCUCAAGUACAAGGACCCCAACUCACCUCGCAUCGUUGUCCUGGAGCAGGAGCUGGUUCGUGCUGAGGCGGAAUCGCUCGUGGCCGAGGCCCAGCUCUCCAACAUCACCCGCGAGAAGCUCAAGGCGGCCUUCCAGUACCACUUCGAUGCUCUGCGUGAGCACUCUGAGAAGGUGGCUAUCAUCGCCGGCUACGGCAAGCAUCUCCUGGAUCUCAUUGACGACACCCCUGUGACGCCUGGUGAGACACGUACGGCGUACGACGGAUACGACACCAGCAAAGGAGUGAUCCAGGACUGCGAAGAAGCCCUGGCCAACUGGGUCACGUCCAAGGCUUCGGUGAAGUCGGACCUGUCUACGCGGACCCGCACCCUUUCCCAGCGCCGACGGGACAGUGCGGCUAAGAACCGCGGCGAGGGAGUAGACCUUUCGGGCCAGGACCAGCCCAUGCGAGGUGAUCGGGACUCGUGGUUGCCGGCCGACCAGCAUCAGAGCUACCAUGAUGAAGAUGGCGAGGAAGUAGGCAGCGCCCUGGACGGCGAGCCCCGAGGCCGAGAAGAAGAGCGAGAGCCCGUGACGGUCUAG